CAAGUGGAAAAGGGGAGGGUGAAGCUGUGGAGGUGACAGCGACAUCUGUUGGUGGUGGGGGCGGGGAGGAGGAGCGGAUGGAGGACAAAGAAAGUGACGACGACGGACUCACAACGGUGUACAACCCUCAUCAGAAGCCUGUGCUCUGCGUCAAGGUUUCUGGAGGUUAUCUCUACUCCUGUUCGUCUGACAAGUCAGUCAGAGUCUACAACAUGGAGAAGACUCGCCAAGAGAAGGAGUUCAAGACUCACAAACGAUCCAUCACAUGCAUCGAGAUUUUCACCUGUUGUCAAGAGGAUUACAUCAUAUCAGGCUCCACCGACAAGCACAUCAUCAUGUACCACGCCAAGACUGGAGUGGUGGAGAUAGACUUCAGUCUGGGUGCCCGCAUCCAGUGUAUGGUGACUCAGGGCAGUCUGUUGGUGGCUGGACUCAGCAACGGAUUCAUUCACCUCAUUGACCUACAGACCAAGAGUGCCUUGGGCAGAUGGCUGGUGGGAGAUGAUCCUGUCAGGAAGGACAUCAGCUGCCUCGCUAUCCAUAACAACAGACUCCUGACUGCAAGUUACGACAACAAGAUAAGCUGUUGGGACAUAUCGCACUACGUGGGAGGGUGCGGAGGAGGCUCCAUUCUCGCCAGAAUUCAUCAGAUCUCAUCUUUCUCUGACAUGGUCCUCUGCAUGCAGGUUUGAAGUGCCUUACUCUACUGCGGAUCAGCAGCAGCCGACACAACCCUGCAACAUUUUCGACACUCAGACAUGGUGCCAUGUGGACGUGUGAAAGGUCACGACGCGCCAUCAGUGGGACGGUGUCCAAUGGCAAUCGGCUGAUUACGUCGUGUUUUUGAUCGCCUCAUCAGAUGUGUUCGACGCCAGGGACACAAGACGUUGCUCGCAAGUCUACAGCAUCGACGACCUCCCCGAUGGUCACUCUCUACAGCUUCAGAGACUCUGUCUACUGUGGCUUGAGAAACGGGAAAGAUCGUUUCCCUCCAUCAAAAUUGAUCUGAGUACCUACCACACCAGUGCAGGUGAUGAGAUUAUCUGACUUCGUACUGUCUGCAGGCGUAAAUACUAGUGGGACAAUUGGGGGGC